CAUGAUAAGAGCAGGAACUGCAGGAUAUGAGCGAGAUCUGCCUCUGAUAGAACAGCGUCAUAUGUCACGAUGAAAACAUGGUCCUCUCUGCUUUUCUUACAGACAAGGAACAGGUUUUUCGAAAACACACCUGUUGGCAGGAGCACAAAUACCUGUCUGCAGGUCAGAUAGGGCAGGACGAAUCAUGACUCAGCUUUUCAGAUCAGAAUGAACACCUGGGUCACUGGUGAAGGAGGCAGAAACACUGAUUCCUCUGCUGGAGGAUGGAUGCCUGUUUCUGUGUUGCAGCUGCAGCGGCGUUCACUUUCACGGUGGUUUGGACGCUGAAGCAGGGCUGUGAUGCUGGAUACUGGUCUGUUGCGUUCGGGGCCCUCGGGGCCUCUCUGUACUUCACAGCUCCUCUGGUGUACUGUGGGGUCGCCUUACUGUGCUGCAGCAUCGCUCUGGUGUGUGUGACUGCGAGGACGGACGAGCUGCUGCCGCUGCAGGGCAGAGCGGUGCUGGUUACAGGUUGUGAUUCAGGUUUCGGUCACACGCUGGCGAAGCGGCUGAGCAAGAUGGGAGUGCAGGUGUUCGCAGGUGUGCUGGAUGUGAACGGAGCUGGAGCUCAGCAGCUGAGAGACCAAGGAUGUGAAAACCUGCAGGUCCUGCAGCUCGACGUGAUCGACAGCUCCCAGAUAGAGAAGACACACCUGCACAUCCGCGCUCAGGUCGGAGACUCAGGUUUGUGGGGUUUAGUGAAUAACGCAGGAAUCCUUCACUGUCCUCUGGAUGCAGAGCUGCAUCCUGUCACAUUGUACAGACGUGUCAUGGACGUCAACUUCCUGUCUGCAGUGAAGAUGUGUCAGGUGUUCCUGCCUCUGCUGCGCAGGUCCAGAGGACGCAUCGUCAACGUGGCCAGCAUGGCAGCUGAGGUGCCGAUGCCCAUGUUCGCUGCUUACGGAGCAUCGAAGGCGGCGCUGAGUGUUUUCUCCAAAGUCAUGAGGCUGGAGUUGUCUGUGUGGGGCGUCAGAGUGGCUUUAAUUCAGCCUUCAGGCUUCAGAACAAAUAUCUUUGGGAACACUGACGCCAUCAGCCGCUACCGAGACGAGAUCCUCUCAGGUGUCUCCUCUGAUGCCAGAGAGGAUUAUGGGGAGGCGUACAUCUCGUCUCUCCCCAGCAGUUUGACCAAACUGUCCCAGAUGUCAGCGGAGGAUCUGUCUCCUGUGGUGGACAACAUGUGUCAUGCUCUGCUGUCUGUCCAGCCCAGACCUCUGUACACCCCCGGAAAGAUGGGAUGGUUCCUUCCGUUUCUUCACCGCCACCUUCCCACCACGCUGUUCGAUUGCGUCAUCAUGAACCUCCAGAAAUACACCGACUGUGAGCCUGCAGGCCUCCACGUCAACUCAGGUUAAAGGGAAAUGUGUUUAUACUGGUAUCCUGUAAUCCAGAGCAACUUCCAAAGACUUCAGACUUCAAAUCCAUCAAAACAAACAUUGAUUACCUUUUUUCUGGAGGAGCAGGAGUCAAACUGCAUUAUUGUCUUGUGGUGAUUGAAGAAGAAUUCAGAUCCUUUACUUAAGUAAAAAUACCAAAAUCCACUCCACUCCAUUACAAGUAAAAG